AUGGCCCAACGCCGUCCCAUCUACUCGUCCUCCUCGCCGCUCGAAUCCUCAGCCAGCUCGCCUCCGGCCCGUCAGCCUGCCCAAGCUGCCGACGACGACACCCUGCUCCGCACUGCCAAUGCCGACCAUGUCAGGGGCCCGACAGGCCCCGUCACGUCGCAGAAGCAGCUCAAUGACUACCGUGAGAAGCUGGCCCGAGACCUCGAAAUCCGAGAGCUCUCCGCCAGGGGCCUGCUCAUGAACCCCCCGGACAAGGCGCGCGUCUCGCCGAUCCCCGAAGAGGCCUUGUCGGGCUCGCCCGUGCUCACUGCCGCCCUCACGACCGCCUCGACCGAGUCCAACAACACGUCGAUUCCGCCCCAACCGCCCCCGGCCGGCAUCCGGAUGCCAUAUCCCACCGGCUUCGAAUUCCGCGGCAUACUUGACAAGGUCCUCUCCGAGAACUCGACUCCAGCUUCCAACUACACCUUCAACCCCUCGGCCGCGACUCCCCAUCAGGAUGCCGGCUUCGACUUCCCCAACCCAAACCUCUACGACUUGUCGCUCAUGCUCAGCGCCGAGCCGGGCCUGGACGCCUGGUGGAGCACCGUCGUCCACAUCAUGAAGGACGUGUACAAGGCUGAGCGCGUGACUCUUGCCGUCCCUGCAGACUCGACCGACCUCGAAAACGUACCCUGGGGCCAAAAGGCUACUUAUAGCGAGCAUGAUGGGAACGAACUCAGCAUGGGAUACAUGGCCCGGAGCAGCAGUGUCAUGCAGAGCAGCGAGCGUGGGGCUUCCGACGUUGCCUUCAACACAGACGACGUGGCCGAGCUGGGUACACCAGCUCGCCCCGGUCUUCCCAGCCGUCAUUCCUUCACCUCGUACGAGGACAACAAGCAGAAGUCGCUCGACAGAGCCCCCAGCGCGGCCCGACGUCCCACCCACCUGAUGCGAAGCAAGUCGCAUUUCCAAUCAGCCCGGCGCUCCGGCGAGGCCUCCCACGGCUACACAGAACUGAACAAGGACGCUCUCGACGAGCACGAUGCCGUCGAAGGACAACAAGCCAUCCCUAGCUGGGAGGCGCCCUUCAUGGCUCGAUUCGACGGCCAGGGACGGGUUUUGCCCGUUCUCCAGGCCUUGGACUACGAAGCCGACCCGCUCAUCGACCAUGCCGGCGUCAUGCGGGUGCUCCAACGAGGCCGACCGGUUGCACUGACCAGGAGCUACCCCUAUCUUGCGGCCAAUGCUAACCAGUCCACGGACCAGCCGAUCGAGCAGAAACCUGGGUCCAAGACUCCCUCCUCGGAUUUCGCGAAACGACCCAAGAGGCCGCGCGCAGAGUCCACCUCGAAGCUGUCGUCCAUAUUUCCAGGCACGACACGAAGCAAGUCCAACGCCAGCGACAAGGCAAAGUCGAUCGUCUCCCGCCUGGAUGACGACGAACCGAGACCUCCAACGCCCAAGUACGAGGAGUACGAGCAAGCGCCGCCGUCACCUUGGUCGCAAUCGCCCGCUCCGUCGCCAGCAGUCCGCGCCGAGCCCAAGGAGAAUCCCUUCUUCACCGAUGCCAUGGUCGACGAAGGCUCCUUUAAUCCCGAUUCAGGCCCGACCAGCUACUCCGGAAUGCCCCCGCCCGAGGCCAUUGGGGUCGAUAAUUCAUGGACCGUGCUGCACAUACCCCUGACACAUGACGAAGCAGGGGAAAAUCGCAAGGAAUCUAUAGAGGCUGAGCGACUCACGCCCGAGCUUCCGGGAAAGAACGAGACGGCUCCGAUUGCGAUCCUGUCCAUCCUGAGCCCAAUCAUACCCUACCCGUCCAAGCUCCGACGCUCUCUGGAGCACCUUGCGCCUCACAUGGCUACAUCCUUCUCACUAUGUCGACACUAUUCCAACCUGGAAACCGAACUGGCUGGUAUCCAGCGCAGAAGGCCACCGACUGCAGGAUUCGGCGCCGUCACACCCUACCCGCGGCACGGUGAUAACGGACCGUUUACGGUGCCGGCCGGCAUUGCCCAGCAAGCGUUCCUGGGCGGCAGCAUGACGAGCCCGAGCGACUACUCUGCAGUUUCGAAAAGUACCACCGGCUCUCCGCUGGGAACCCCUAGUUGGGAACAAGGAUCUCUCAACUACCUCGUUGACAAGCGCCAGCCAGCGGCCAGCCCGGCGGCCAUGUCCCAGAGCGGCGAGGGCUAUUUCAGCACUGACAAGAAGUCUUCCCUGUUGUCGGCCCCGAGGGCUGGGCAAGAUGCUUCGGGUCUGGAGGCAGUCGUCGACAGAAUAGUCUUCGAUAUCGACGAAGCGAACAUGCAACCGCGCCAAGAGGCGGCUUCCAAGGACGCUCAAGAGGCGGGCGCAGAUACGUCAGACGAAGCUGCUACGGCCAAAACAACGGAGAGGCAAAGCGAGCCCCUCAAGUUUGACGCCUCCCGCUCCCAUCACGGCCAUUCCGUCCUUCAUAGUUACGGAGCGGACUUCGCUUCGACAUUCCAAUCUCUUCCCCCAAGCUCCACUCUUAGCAGGCCGCCGCCGACCUCGUCCGCGCUGCCGCGCAGCACUUCCCUGACGACAUUGGGGGCGGAUAUGCCACCACCUUCUGACAGACUCAAGGGUCUCAUUCUGGAUUCCCUGCCGGCCCAUGUCUUUGUGUCUCUGCCCCAGACCGGUGAGACUGUAUGGGUCAACAGCCGGUUCCUGUCUUAUCGCGGGCAGACUGUCGCAGACCUCGCCGCAGACCCCUGGGGAAGCAUCCACUCAGACGACCGUGACGGCUAUCUCAAGGCCUGGGGGCACUCGCUACGAACCGGCGAGCAGUUUUCCAGAACCGUGCGCAUCAAGCGCUUCGACGGUGCAUACCGCUGGUUCUACGCCAGAGCCGUGGCGUCAAAGGACAAGAGAGGCGUCAUCAUGCAGUUUCUGGGCUCGUACAUGGACAUUCACGAUCAACACAUUGCCGAGCUCCGGGCAGCCAGGCAGGAGGAGGUCGAGGCAUCGGAGGCCAAGCACCGACUACUGGCAAACUUGAUUCCACAGAUCAUCUUCACCGCCACCGAGGACGAGGGCAUAACUUUUGCCAAUGAGCAGUGGCUGUCGUACACGGGCCAAAGCUUCGAAGACUCGUUGAACCUGGGCUUCAUGGACCACGUACACCCGGACGACUUGGCAAGAUGCCGCAUCCCCAUCGACCAUCGCAGGACGUCGAAGCAGAAAAGCGAGUCGGGAUCGAACAAGGUCGAGGGAUCGGACUCUUCCGAAGCAACGUCGACGUCCGGCACCGUGCAGGGACAAAAGUCGCCGAUGACACAUGAAUCCAAAUCGCAGAGCGAUCGCUUGCAGCUGUCUAGGAGCAGCAGCUCGGGGACCGAGUCGACCCGUGACCUACCGUGUGCGGACUUGACAGAGCUAGCAAGGAAAGGCAUCUUCAAAGUGACCACGGACACCAGCGGCAGACUCUCCUACACGACCGAAGUCCGGCUGCGCUCCAAGACGGGAGAGUACCGUUGGCACCUCAUUCGCUGCGUGGAGAUCGAUACCAUCGACUUCGGCCGAGGCGCCAGUUCAUACUUUGGCUCGGCCACGGAUAUCAACGACCACAAGAUUCUGGAGACGAAGCUCAAGGAAGCAAUGGAGUCGAAGAGCCGAUUCCUGAGCAAUAUGUCCCAUGAAAUCAGAACGCCUCUCAUCGGCAUCUCGGGCAUGGUCAGUUUCCUCCAGGAUACGACGCUGGACGAAGAGCAACGCGAUUACACGAACACGAUCCAGACGAGCGCGAACAGCCUCAUCAUGAUCAUCAACGACAUUCUGGACCUGUCCAAGGUUGAUGCGGGGAUGAUGAAGCUCAAGUACGAAUGGUUCCACACCCGGUCCUUGAUCGAGGACGUCAAUGAGCUCGUCUCGACCAUGGCUAUCGCGAAACGGCUCGAGCUCAAUUAUCUCGUCGACGCCGAUGUGCCCGCCUGGGUCAAAGGCGACAAGGUCCGCAUCCGACAAGUGCUGCUCAACGUCAUUGGCAACGCCAUCAAAUUCACCACAGAGGGAGAAGUGUUUAGCCGAUGCCGAGUCUACGCCGACUCUGACUCGAAGCGGGACGAGACGGAAAUUCGACUUCAAUUCGCCAUCACCGACACCGGGCGGGGGUUCUCUAAGGAGGAGGCCGACUUGAUAUUCAAACCCUUUAGCCAAAUCGACGGCAGCAGCACUCGGCAGCACGGGGGCAGCGGAUUGGGUCUCGUGAUUUCAAGGCAGCUCGUCGAAUUACAUGGCGGCAAGAUGGAGGGUACGGCGGAACUCGGAAAGGGGUCCACAUUCACCUUUACAGCCUGUUUCGGCCUCCCAACGCCCGAGGACCAUCCAACGCUCGUCGUCAGUCCCGCGUCGACAAUCUCUGCUGGAUCCCGCCGCGACUCCGCCGACUGCGUCCCCCGGACCGGGAAACCGUUGCCAGCGCCAUUGAGCCACACCCGCCACGUCAAUGGCGUCAAGCAUCCGGACAGCGUCCACACCUCGCCCAGCGUGGCUUCCGCCGGCAGCUCGAUCCCAUCCAUGCACUCAGGCAGAUCCCACAACACGGACAGGUCGUCUGCCACGUCUGUGAAUGCGGGACUGGCCCGCUUCAGCGAGGCUGCCAAGGCCAGCGGGCAGGACCUUUCCCAAAUGAAGCUGGAAAUGCCCGCCGAGAGAGGCUCUCCACGGAGAACAGCGGUGUCGGACAACGAGGGCCGGCUAAAUCCUGACUUCCGCCCCCCCAUGUAUUCGAUCCUCAUAAUAUGCCCACAGUACCACAGCCGUGAGGCGACGACACAGCACAUCGAGAUGACGCUGCCCAAGGACGUUCCACAUCAGAUCACGGCCCUCGCCGCGGUCGAGGAGGCUCAGCAGUAUAUUGGAGGCGAGGACCCGAUCAAGUUUACGCACAUUGUCCUCAAUCUGGCCUCGGCCGAAGCCAUCAUCCAUGUCAUGGACCAAAUCACAAAGUCUCAGAAGAUGGAUAGGACCACGAUUGUCAUUCUCUCCGACUCGGUGCAGCGCCAGGUCGUCAUGAAGCAGGCAACGGACACCAAGUAUGAGCGCCUACUCACAGACAACCUGGUGACGUUCAUCUACAAACCUGUCAAGCCAUCACGCUUUGCGGUUAUUUUCGACCCGGAGAAAGUACGGGACCUGAGCACGGAUCGGAACCGGUCCACGGCGCAGCAGAUGGUCGAGAAUCAGAAGGCGAGCUACCAGGAGAUUGAGCGGCGCAUGGGGAACAAGGGAUACAAAGUGCUCCUGGUGGAAGACAACCCGGUCAAUCAAAAGGUGCUGGUCAAGUACCUGAAGAAGAUUGGCGUCGACGUGGACAUUGCGGUGGAUGGCGUCGAGUGCAUCGACCAGGUGCUCUCGAAGCCGCACAAGCACUACUCUCUCAUCUUGUGUGACCUUCACAUGCCGCGCAAGGACGGCUAUCAAGCGUGCCGUGAGAUACGGCAAUGGGAAGCAGCCAGAAGCUUCCCCAAGAUGCCCAUCAUCGCGCUGUCGGCCAACGUCAUGUCGGAUGUGCAGGACAAGUGCAUCGACGCGGGGUUCAGCGACUAUGUGACGAAACCGGUGGACUUUAUAGACCUCAGCAGGGCCAUGGCCAAGUUUUUCUGA